GAAAGGAUUUCGAGCAGAGGUCGAGGUCCGGCCUCUGUUAUUGUGUUUGACAAAAAGCUAGGCAUUCCUGGGGGCCCAUUAUAUGCCUCCCGUGGCUGCCCCAUUGGCAAGCAUGAUCGCCCUGUUGCUGUACUUGCUGCUUAUCUGCAUCUCCAACUUAGCGAUUCUUGCUGCGUACUACUUCCUCACCCUGACCAAGUACGACGGACCCCCGGCCGGCUCACCAAACGAACCAGUCUCGGUCCACGUUCUUGUCCUCGGUGAUGUCGGGCGCAGUCCGCGCAUGACCUACCAUGCCUUGAGCAUAGCAAAACAUGGAGGAAGGGUGAACUUGGUCGGAUACCUCGAAACCCCUCCUCAUCCCGACAUUGCCAACAGCCCCGGAAUCACCAUCACCCCCAUCCCCACGCCGCCUAGCAGGCCGGCAUCCAUCCCCUUCCUUCUGUUCGCCCCAUGGAAGGUUCUGCAUCAGGUCUACCACCUCACCCGCCUCCUCGCCCGCCUUCUCCCGCCGGCGCAAUGGAUCCUCGUUCAGAACCCACCGAGCAUCCCGACUCUCGCCAUUGCCGGUCUGGUCUGCUACUUGCGCAAUAGCAAGCUCAUAAUCGACUGGCACAACUACGGCUGGACCAUUCUCGCCGGCACGCGAGGGCGCAGUCACCCUUUCGUGGCCCUCUCCAAGCUCUACGAAUGCUACUUUGGCCGCCUCGGCCACCUCCAUCUGACAGUGACGCACGCCAUGGCCGCCCAGCUGCGCAGGCCCCCUUACUCGCUCCCGCAGCGCAUCCUAGCCGUGCACGACCGGCCGGCCGCCAUCUUCCGGCCCCUCGCCUCGCCCUCCGCCCGGAAAGAGAUCCUCCACAGGGUCCUCGAGGACUUCCCGGAACGAGCCCUCAUCCCAGCCAUCCUCUCCGGCGCCACCCGCCUCGUCGUGAGCAGCACCAGCUGGACGCCCGACGAGGACUUCUCCCUCCUGCUCGACGCCCUCGUCCGAUACGCAUCGGCUGCCGACACCACCACCACCACCACUACUACCACCACCACCACCACGAAGACUACCGACGGGACGCGCACCCCGCUCCUGGCCAUCAUCACCGGCAAGGGCCCGCAGCGGGACCUGUACGUGCGCCGGGUCGCCGAGCUGACGGCGGCCGGCCGCCUGCCCAACGUGCGCGUCGCCACGGCCUUCCUGCCCUUUGCCGACUACGCGGCCCUGCUGGCCUGCGCCGACCUGGGCAUCUGCCUGCACAAGAGCAGCUCGGGCGUCGACCUGCCCAUGAAGGUGGUGGACAUGUUCGGCGUCGGCCUGCCCGUGGCCGCCUACCGCGGCUACGAGAGCUUCGGGGAGCUGGUCAAGGAGGGCGAGAACGGAGCCGGCUUCGAGACGGCCGAGGAGCUGGCGGGCAUUCUGGGGCGCUUGUUGGGAGAUGGUGGUGGGAAGGCGGAGCUGGAGCGGCUGAGGAGAGGGGCUGUCAAGGAGGGGAGUAGAAGGUGGGACGAGGAGUGGGAUUCCGCGGUUGGGAAGGUCAUGGGGUUCGUGUCUUAGAUUGUAUUUCGCUUGUUAAUAAUUCGCUCCUCUUUAUUUUUAUAGAAACCGAGGUUCCCAUGUUUCCUACUAUUUCGCCCUUCAACAUGUCGCCAUCCUCUUGGAUCCCAACCAGCUCUGCUCCCCCAUCCCCCCACCCUUUUCUCAACGAUAUGUCGUCGGAGACUCCCGCUUUCUGGACUGUUCCCAUGCGGCCAAUUUACCGUUCGAAAUCCCCUCCUAGUUCGCACUCUGUUCCAAACCCCGCCUCCCCCUUCCCCCC